GAAAAGUACCUUUAAGACGAAGAGGAAGGGGAAGCGAAGCUGCUUAUCGGGCUUUGUUCUAAUAGCAGUAAUCACCUGAAGGGCGACCGUGAGCCCACGCCGCCGGGUCCGCGCAGCCCUGGCCCUCCCCGCCGCGCCGCCCCGGCCCUGCUUCCUUCCCGAUGGCCGCCUGCACUUUGCUCCUGCUUGGCACGAGUGCGCCCGACUGGCUUUAUUGUAUCACCCAUUACAUAAAUGGGGGAAAGGUUGGUCAGAAGUUUGUUCAGACACUGCCGCUGCCCACAGCGAGCAGGACUUGUGCCGAGAGGAGGAGGGGAACUCUGCAAGGCAGGUGAGGCUGGGUGGUGAAGAGCAGCAUGGACCUGGAUGUGCUGAACAUGUUUGUCAUCGCCGGUGGCACCCUGGCUAUCCCCAUCCUGGCCUUCGUGGCCUCGUUCCUCCUGUGGCCCUCAGCACUUAUCCGCAUCUACUACUGGUACUGGCGCCGAGCCUUGGGCAUGCAGGUUAGAUAUGCGAACUACGAUGACUAUCAGUUUUGUUAUUCCUAUAGAGGAAGACCUGGAUACCGACCGUCCAUCCUGAUGCUACAUGGGUUCUCAGCCCACAAAGACAUGUGGCUGUCCAUAGUCAAGUUCCUGCCAAAGAACCUGCACUUGGUGUGUGUGGAUAUGCCCGGGCACGAGGGCACAACCCGCUCAGACUUGGACGAUUACUCCAUCAGUGGGCAAGCUAAGAGAAUACACCAGUUCGUGGAGUGCAUCAAGCUGAACAGAAGGCCCUUUCAUCUGGUUGGCACUUCCAUGGGGGGAAAUGUUGCUGGUGUCUAUGCUGCUCAGUACCCAGAAGAUGUUUGCAGCCUGACCCUCAUCUGUCCUGCAGGCCUGCCAAGUACCACCGACAGCAAGUUCAUUAAGCAGCUCCGGGAGCUGCAGGAGUCCAAACGUAUUGACAGGAUCCCUUUAAUCCCCUCAACGCCCGAGGAGAUGGCGGAUAUGCUGAAGCUUUGCUCCUACGUUCGCUUCAAGGUGCCACAGCAGAUCCUCCAGGGCCUCGUUGACGUUCGCAUCCCACACAAUGAAUUUUACCGGAAAUUGUUUUUAGAAAUUGUGGAUGAAAAGUCGAGGCACUCUCUCCACGAGAACAUGAGCAAGAUCAAAGCGCCGACACAGGUCAUCUGGGGAAAGCAGGACCAGGUCCUGGAUGUUUCUGGCGCCAGUGUUUUAGCCAGCGCUAUCCCAGACUGCCACGUGUACAUCCUGGAGAACUGUGGGCACUCGGUGGUGGUGGAGCGGCCCCGCAAGACGGCCAACCUCAUCCUGGAGUUCCUGGCGCUGCUGCACAGCAUAGACAACAACAAGAAGCAGGCGUGAGCGUGGCAGGGAGCCGAGUGCCCAGGCCGGGUCUGUUAAAUUGUAAAGUACUGCAGAUUUGAUAAGUUCUCAGGGAUCUUGUACGAAUCGGAGUCAAUGUGCCAAAGUCCCUGAGGAAGGCAGAAUCACUGAUACCUAAACCUAUAGCACCACUGGCACAGUGAUCUAGGGGUCACUGAGCAACCUCCAUAGAUACAGAAACGGAAGCAGAGUAUUUCCCUUUUCUACUUAAAGUAGAAAUGAGCUGAAAUCACCCAGUGCUCCUCACACAGCUGCCCAUCCUACCCGGGUUACCAGCACGUAGUUGUCCAUGACAUUUACCUAAACUAUAUAUGAAGUGUAGGAAGGAGGGAGCAUCCUGGACUGAGACUUACAGUACUUCUACUCCUUAGAGUCCGUCGUGUUGCAUGCUGCCGUGCUGUAAGAGAGCCCCCCAGUGCUCCAGGCUUGAGUGCUCUCUCUGUAGCUCCUUAACUCGUGAUUUAUGCAGAAAACAACAGAAAACUUCAUGUGUGGAAGUCCAACGACUGUAUGUGCAAAAAAUGUUUACACUGAGUGGGUUUUUCUAAAUCCCUGAAUAGCUCCUGUGUAUAUGUAAUGCCUUAAUGUUGCCCAGGGUGUGGCGUCCGCGCACAGCCCGCCUUGCCCAGGGAUGGUUCUCCCUGAGGGUGAACAUAGCCAGUGGAAACGGGGUGCAGGCGGCAGCUUUGCCACUGCUGUGUGAACCAGAGGGAUGGAAACCGCCCGGGGCGAUUCGGUGCCCGGGCCCGAGUCAGCAAUAAGCCCGUGGGUGAACUCGUCUCAGUUCCUCUGUCACAUCGCGCUGCUGAACACCUUGAUGUAAAUAACGAUCUUCUUUAUGAAUUCUGUGAAUUCUGCAAAAGCCAAUGUCACCGGGACAGGCGUGAGGGGUGGGAGCGGGCUCUGUGUGUGGCUGGUGCAGGGCAUGUGGGCUCCUGGGCUAGCUGGGCAGCCGAGGACAGAGUCAGCUGGCCUGUGAGGUGCUGGGUGGUGGUGUGGAAAGGUACAGUGUGCUUUUGAUGAUUAUGACUCCUGAUCAAGUGAAAUUAUAGGUAGAAACAGGUGACUCUCCAGGUGCGGUCCCUCACUGCCUACCCCAGCGACAGGGCACUGGGUCCCGGUCACGGGCAGGACCAGUGGGUGCUGGAGGGCAAGGUGGUGCAUGGUGCCCUCAAAGGCAAAGCAGCAGGUGGCUGUCACCCCUUGGUCACCCCCAGCCCUCCUUGGGGAUUGACAGCAGGUGCUGCUCACGCUCCCCCCAGACUGGGUAUGCACGCUUGCAGUGCUGACAGCCAUCUGCGCGACAGCUGCCCGAGGUACCCCGAUCUGUACAUGCAUCUGAAACUCCCUGCCAGCUUCUCUGCUCUUUUUAAGAGAAGAAACAUUGUUCUGUUAGAAAAUUAGAAAUCUGCUGUUAAUUGCUUGGUUAUUGUUUCUACUACAGGAGUUGAUAAAAAAAAAAUAAAAUUGAUGAUAGUUUUAUGUGGUAAAAGCCAGAAAAACUUGUUGGGUAUCUAUAUGGUUUCUCAUGCCACAGAUUGCUGUAUGCAAAGAAUUUAUAUGGCUAUUAAAAUCUAGUGAUUCAAGUA